AUGACGUCGCAAGCCACGACCCUCAAGGGCCAGCCCCUCGACAAGCCCGUCCUCGACGCCAUGCUGCGCCGCCGCAUGUUCUACACCCCGUCCUUUGAGAUUUACGGCGGCGUCGGCGGUCUCUACGACUACGGCCCGCCCGGCUGCGCCCUCCAGGCCAACAUUGUCGACAUUUGGCGCAAGCACUUUGUGCUCGAGGAGGACAUGCUCGAGGUCGACUGCACCGCCCUCACCCCUCACGAUGUCCUCAAGACCAGCGGCCACGUCGACAAAUUUUCCGAUUUCAUGUGCAAGGACCCCAAGAAUGGCGAGAUUAUGCGCGCCGAUCACUUUGUCGAAGCUGUCCUCGAGGGCCGUCUAAAGGGCGACAAGGAGGCUCGUGGCGAAAAGGUCGAGGAAAAGGACGACCCCAAGAAGAAGAAGAAGAAGACCAAGACCGAGGCCGUCAAGCUCGACGACGCCGUCGUUCAGGAGUACGAGGAGGUCCUUGCCAAGAUUGACAACUAUGGCGGCCCCGAACUCGGCGAGCUCAUCAAGAAGUACGACCUCAAGAACCCCGCCACCGGCCUGCUGCCUUCGGAUCCCGUUGCCUUCAACCUCAUGUUCCAGACCUCUAUCGGUCCCAGCAGCAAUCUGCCCGGGUACUUGCGCCCUGAGACCGCCCAGGGACAGUUCCUCAACUUUGCCAAGCUUCUCGAGUUCAACCAAUCCCAGAUGCCCUUUGCCUCUGCCUCGAUUGGCAAGUCGUACCGCAAUGAAAUCUCGCCCCGCGCCGGUCUUUUGCGCGUCCGCGAGUUCCUCAUGGCCGAGAUUGAGCACUAUGUUGACCCCGAGGGCGGCAAGAAGCACAGCCGCUUCCACGAGGUCGAGAACAUUGAGCUCAUCCUGCUCGACAAGGGCACGCAGCUGUCUGGCAAGACGACCACCAAGACGAUGACCAUCGGCCAGGCCGUCAAGGACGGUGUUGUCGACAACGAGACGCUGGGCUACUUCCUGGCCCGCAUCCACCUGUUCCUGAAAAAGAUUGGUGUGGACAUGAGCAAGAUGCGCUUCCGCCAGCACAUGGCCAACGAAAUGGCCCACUACGCCUGCGACUGCUGGGACGCUGAGCUGUACACGACCACUGGCUGGGUCGAGUGCGUUGGCUGCGCCGACCGCAGCGCCUACGAUCUGACGGUGCACGCCAAGAAGACUGGCGCUCCCCUGCUUGUCCGCGAGCGCCUGGAGCAGCCCCGCGUGAUUGAGGAGUGGCAGGUGGACAUUGACAAGAAGAAGUUUGGUCCCCUGUUCAAGAAGGACGCCAAGGCAGUCGAGACGGCUCUCGAGGCCACGACGCAGGAGCAGCGCGAGGCGUUUUCCAAGCAGCUGGCGGACGGCGGCAAGAUCUCGCUCGAUGUCCCCGGCGUCGGCGACGGCAAGGCCGAGGUGACGAGUGACUCCAUCAAGAUUGAGUUCCGCAAGCGUGUCGAGAACACGCGCGAGUUUACGCCCAACGUCAUCGAGCCUUCUUUUGGUAUUGGCCGUAUCCUGUACUCCCUGAUUGAGCACAACUUCUGGACUCGCGGCAGUGAUGGCAGCGACGAGGCCCGUGGCGUUCUGUCCUUCCCUCCCCCCGUGGCGCCUACCAAGGUCCUGCUGGUGCCUCUGUCCUCCAACGCGCAGUUCAAGCCCGAGGUGCGCAAGCUGUCGCAGCGCCUGCGCGCCAUUGGCAUCUCGAGCCGCGUGGACGACUCGUCGGCGAGCAUCGGCAAGCGCUACAGCCGCAACGACGAGCUGGGUACGCCGCUGGGCAUCACGGUGGAUUUCCAGACGCUGCAGGACCAGACGAUUACGCUGCGUGACCGCGACUCGACGACGCAGGUGCGCGCGGACGAGGCCAAGAUUCUCGAGGCUAUUAAGAGCCUGGUGGACGGCAGCAAAGACUGGGCCCAGAUCCUGACGGAGCUGCCCAAGUUUGAAGGCCAGGAGGUGGAGGUUGCGCAGCGAUAG